AUGACUUUUCUCAAUACAUAUUCAUGUAUAAAUAUUCGGAUUCUGAGAAUUCUCUCUCUACACACAUCCAACGCAGCAAACAUAUCUCUCAUCUCUGUCAAAACUCGGCGUUGUUAACAGAAUCUUCGCCUUUCAACCCUUCAUUUCUCCCACUCUUUCUCUCUCUAAACCACUCCUCGUUCACACUGAUUAUCGGAGGAAAUAUUUCAUAAAUCCACUGGAAAAUAACAAAAAUUGGAGGAAUUUCGAAGAUCUGGUGGGAAAAUGGGAUCGCUAAUCCAUCCGGAACUCGGCCUGGAUUCCCGAUUCUCACCCAAACCGUGGCUUCCGAAACCAAUCGGCCGGUUUUUGGCCGACGUUUCGCAGAUUCGCUGCGUAUCGGAUAAGAUUUUGAAGCUAGACGAUUACGUUAAUCGGCUGCUAGACGAGAUGAAGAAGAUCGACGCGUUCAAACGCGAACUACCUCUUUGCAUGCUUCUCAUCAGCGACGCAAUUGUAGCAGCGCAGGAGGAGCUAGCUCAGUGCAAGAAAUUAAAUUCUGAGCCGGUAUUGGAAGAGUUCAUACCUAUAAAAAAAAUCUGCACUGAUGAAAAGGAUGAUAAAGUUGAGGAUAGUAAAGAGAAGGAAGUUAGCAGCAGAGACAAAAAGAACUGGAUGAGUUCUGUGCAGUUAUGGAACUCCGAUGAUCAAAAUACUGAUUCAAAUACUGUUUACAGCAGCAAAAAGCUGCCCUCUAAUACAGAUAGCAACAAAACAAAGAGAAUGGGGGAUGAAAUAGUUCAGCCGGUGAUGGAUGAUUUAUUUGAGAGUGGGAAGAACAGGGCAUUUGUGCCUUUCAAAGGGACUCCUAAUCUCCCAGUGAUGGCGGUGGGGAAGAAGGACACGGAUGAGUUGCCGGUUCCCGGGCUUUCACUUUGUACGCCCGGAAGCAAGAAUUCGAAGGAGGUGAUCAAUCCCAUUGGAUCCAGCUAUAGUAGAUCAAGCUCGUCUCCUGCAAACUCAACUCUUCAACAAAGCUUCAAGGCUGCCGGGCAGCUGCAGACUGCUAGGAAGCAGAGGAGAUGCUGGUCGCCUGAGCUGCACCGCCAGUUUAUCAAUGCCCUGCAGCAUCUUGGAGGCCCUCAAGCUGCUACUCCCAAGCAGAUCAGAGAGCAUAUGCAAGUGGAUGGUCUAACAAACGACGAAGUGAAGAGUCAUCUACAGAAGUAUCGGCUGCACAUGAGAAGAGUGGCGACGAAUUCCACCUCCCAAUCUGUUGGUUUGUGGGCAACCCACGAACAAUUUGGUGAAUCCUUGAAACAGAGUAACGGGCAAUCUGGCUCCCCUGAAGGCCCUCUUCAUUUAUCGAGGUGCCCAGAGGGCGACGUUGACGCCCUCGAAGACGAAGAUGAUGAAUGAUCAUCAGACUACUUUCACUCAUAUGGGAGCCAAUGAUGUAUAAUUGUCCACCAUGAGUUUUGCAGAUACUGAGAUAUACAUGGGAGGACUUUGAUCGUAAAAAUAAACUUAAAUACACAAAUACUACAUAUGAAAUAUCAUGAGGCAGAGUUGUAUCAAAUUUUUGCAGGAUUAGGUUUCCUCACCGGCUUUUCUGAAUCGAGAAUUUUUUGUUCUUUCAUUAUAAAUUGUGAUACCAUCUUAUCUAAGUUAUGCUUUACAUUA